AUGCAAGAAAAAGUCGUUCUACAGAACCAAGUCAACCGGCUUCCCUUUCACAAGUUGAUAAUAGCCUUUUCGGCAUUGGCACUCGGUUUAUUGGCUUCGUUCCUAGACCAAACGUCGAUUUCCGUUAUACAGCCUAAAAUCGCAGAAGACCUGCAUGCCCAGGCAACGGUUUCCUGGGCAGGCACCUCGCUCAUGAUCGGACAAACGUCAUUUCAAAUUUUAUCCGGACGACUGUCCGACAUCUUCAGUCGCAAAAUCCUUCUGGUGUUCUGUCUGUGUCUCCUCAGCCUGAGCCAGUUGGCGACCUGUUUUUGCCGCACAGCCACACAGUUAUAUGUUUUUCGGGGGUUUGCCGGAGUAGCCAACGGCGGGAUCACUUCGUUGAGCAUGAUUUUCGUGAGCGACCUGGUGACCUUGCAGCAGCGUGGCAAGUACCAGGGGAUUCUGGGAUCUUGUGUCGGGCUCGGCAACGCGGUGGGUCCGUUUGUGGCCAGUGGUUUCGCAAGCAGAGUCAGCUGGCACGGAAACUUCUACUUUCUGUGUCCGCUCACCGCAAUUAUUGCCGUGGUCAGUGCGGUGAUUCUGCCCUCGCCUCCAGACUUCAAAAUCAAAUGGUCUAAUUUCAAGAACAUCGACUACUACGGCUUUUUCACGAGCUCCAUCGGCAUCAUUCUGUUUUUGGUUGCAAUUUCGGGCGGCGGAAACACGUACAAGUGGGACUCCGCGCUGGUGAUCUGUCUGUUCACCAUCGGCGGAGUGUUUUUCGCGAUCUUCCUCUUCACGCAGUGGAAGAUCUCCCGCCUGCCCAUGAUGCCUCUCAAAGUGUAUAAAUCGCCAAGCGUUGCAAUCAUGAUGACGCAGAACUUCUUGUUCGGCAUGGUGUUCUACGCCAACAUGUACUUCAUGCCGCUCUACUUCCAGCUGGUGCGAGGAUGGAACUCGUACCAGUCCUCAUGUCUGACGCUUCCCAUGGUGGUUGUGCAGGCUCUCACGAGUACAAUCUCUGGAAUUCUGAUUUCAUACUUCCAGCAUUAUAACUUUAUUAUCAUUCCAGGCUUUGGAUUCUGGCUCCUGGGACUGUGUUUGGAGUUUGCGCUUUUCACCAGGUCUGUUCCAAUGGUGGGGAUCUGUUUCAUCGUGCUUGUCCAGGGAAUUGGAGUCGGGUGUGUGUUCCAGCCCACCAUCAUUGCGCUCCAAGCGCACACGCGCCUGCCUGAUAGAGCAGUGGUGAUUGCAACCAGAAACUUCAACCGUUCUGUUGGAGCAGCCGUUGGCAUGGCAUGUUGCUCGGCGAUAUUGUCCAACCAGUUCCGCAGCAAGCUGCGCACAUCGAACGUUGGAUUAACCAGUGAACAGAUCCAAGAAUUGAGCAAACACAUUUACUCAAUAGAUUUGACUGCCUACAGCCCCGAGGUCCGGGAUAAGUUGCGCAGCAUUACAUACCAUGCCCUGCGCACGGUGUUCAUUUUCUUUAUCCCACUGAUCGGAGUCUGCUUCUUGUUAGGGUUUUUAAUUCGAGACCGCGGACUGCAAGAACGUAGCGAAAAGAAAGAGCCGCAAGACUCAGCCGACGCUGAGCACAACAAAAACCAGGAGUCUGACGAUGAGCAGAGCCACGAUGAAGAGGGUGAAGAUUAUACGGAACGCAAAUGA